UUAGCUAGAUUUAACUCUUUUGUUGAAGGAGGAGAGUCCCAAGAAAUCGGCAGGAGAAGGAAGAAGUAGGGCCAUCGAAUUGCUCGAGCUGGCUCCACCCUCGUACUCUUCUCUAUAGUAUGUCUUUUGGAGCAGGCAGCUUGUGAAUCAAUCAAUUUGCUGUAAGGAAGUCCAGCUGAGAAUCGUUUUCGCCAUGGCUUUCGCACUCGUUCGAUCGGCGCUCGGUGCGAUCAAGGAGAAAGGAUUGAAGGGCGCUUUUCGUGCAGCGAAAGAGGAGGGCUAUUUUGCUGCCCUGCUCGAUGGAAACCUCGCUAACUCGAAGUUCCGAAUUGAUGGCGUCAAGUUGGUAGGUGUCGAUAAAGCUGGAAAUCGCUACUACGAGAAAAUGUCCCAUGUGCAGCAUGGUAGGCACAGAUGGGUGGUCUACGCAGACAAGGUAUACAAUGCUUCGGCAAUACCUCCUGAAUGGCACGGAUGGUUACACCACAUCACAGAUCACACCCCCGAGCAGCUGGAAGGUCUGAGACCCAGCAGGUAUGGGGUUGAGCAUAUGAAGAACAGAACAGGCGAAGGAGAGCAGUAUAUCUAUCACGCCAAAGGUCAUGCCCUGAAUCCAAACAAACGGGAUUGGAAGCGGUACGAAGAGUGGAGACCCGUUGAGUAGGCUGGGGAUUAGAUUUUAAAUUGUUUUUCUUUUUGUUUCUUUUUAUUUCGUGCUUCCCUGUCUCAAUCGACUAUCACCUUGAAGUGUACGACGUCCAAGACAACAGGAAGGAGUUUCUGACUAGCAGAUGUUCUUAACAUGGAUGGAACACGCACAAUGUUUUGAGGCCUAAGCUUGGCCUCUUUGGUGAAAAGUGAGGAGCCAAUGAAUCUAUGGAACUGAAGGUUACCGUUUGCAUAGCUGUCCUUGCUUUCACGUCAAGGCAUAAUUCAGCGUAUGAAGGCAUUUGUGACCACGGUACUAGACCAGUCGAGGACAAAUCAUAUUUGAGCGACAAGUGUUAGAAAUAACCAACGAAGUUUCGUUGUUUGGCCGUCAGAUCGAAAACUGUUCAUAAUAAAAGCUUCGCUUGGCAGUCAACGCGAAAAU